CAAGCGAAACGGGAAGCCCAGAGGCAUCAGCCAAGCCACACGUCUCGAAGCUUCUUGUAACAGGAGCUAGGGUUAGGUCUCCGAGCCUCCGACCUUCCGAUUCCUCUCCGCCGGCAGCCAUGUCAGGUCGCGAGGUCCGCGAGUACACGAAUCUCAGCGACCCCAAAGAUAGGAAGUGGGGGAAGGGGAAGGACAAGAUUGAUGAUGAGGACAUCACCUUCCAGCGCAUGGUCGCAAAGGGAUUUUGGCUCUCUACUUGGCGGUUGAUGACGACAGAUGCAGGAGGUUGCUGGUGAACGGGGAGGUUACCUUCAUGGGCGAGGAGCAUUGGACAGUGAUGAUUUACUGUACCUAAAAGAACAAAUGGAAGCUGAGGAAGACGCAGAGCGUCUUCUUCGCCGUACUGAGAAGCGUGCAUUUGCUGCUUUUAAGAAAGCAGCAAUUUUAGCUGAUUCUACACCUGCUGUUCCUGCGGCUCUUCGAGUCGAGCCUAAACCUAAAAGCGAUAUCAGGCAACAAGAUCUCUUGAAGAAUAUUGUCGGGAUCAAACCGAAACGGACAAAAGUUAGCAGCCCUUCACAACCAGCAGAGAACGAUAAACCUAAGCAGAGCCCAGAAGAUUCUGUCAACAAAGUGUCCUCCCCGCAGAGCCAAUCAGGAUCCAGGAAGGAAUCAUCUCAGCGGGACGGGGCAGUCAGUUUUGAGAAGCCUUUGUUGAAACCAGUUGAACCGAGAGAGUCCAAGCCACAGAAUGCAACUGGAAGCUUGCUCGGUUUAGCUUACGAGAGUUCAGAUGAAGAAUGAUCAUUGGUUUAGAUGGAAAGCAGAACUAGUGUGUAGAUUGUAUAUUAGGCAUUUUGUACUGCUUGCUAGAGCAUGUUUUGUACCUGGAUUUGUUAAAAGCUGCUUAAAGCUGUUUUUUUUUCUUUUUUACAAUUUUUCCUAUGUAAACAAACGGUUGAAAUUGGACGGAACUCAUGGUUUAAAGUUUACAUGCGUACUUAACUCCUCC